UGCACGGCGGCGGCACCUCUGCACCCCCCGGAGCUGGAAAUGCAACUCUUGGGAUCUUCGGAGGCUACAGAACUGGAGGCGGAGGCGGCCGGGGAGGUCCGAGCGAUGUGACCAGGCCGCCAUCGCUCGUCUUUUCCUCUCUCCUGCCGCCUCCUGUCUCGAAAAUAACUUUUUUUUACUCUAAAAAAAAGAAAAAAAAGUAGCCGUGCGUCCCUCACCCCCACGCCUUCCUCUCAGCCGUCUGGUCUGUGAGGGAGCCCGGGGUGGCCGCUCCGUCGUCGGGGCCGAGCCCCGGCCGCCCCGGGCCGCCCCCGCCCGCCGCCCCCAUGCAUCCCUUCUGCACUCGGGCCGCCACCAUGAUAGGCGAGAUCGCCGCCGCCGUGUCCUUCAUCUCCAAGUUCCUCCGCACCAAGGGGCUCACGAGCGAACGGCAGCUGCAGACCUUCAGCCAGAGCCUGCAGGAGCUGCUGGCAGAACAUUAUAAACAUCACUGGUUUCCAGAAAAGCCGUGCAAGGGAUCAGGUUACCGUUGUAUUCGCAUCAACCAUAAAAUGGAUCCUCUCAUUGGACAAGCAGCACAGCGGAUUGGACUGAGCAGUCAGGAGCUGUUCAGGCUUCUCCCAAGUGAACUCACGCUCUGGGUGGACCCCUACGAAGUGUCCUACAGAAUCGGAGAGGACGGCUCCAUCUGUGUGCUGUACGAAGCCUCGCCGGCAGGAGGUGGCACUCAAAACAGCGCUAACGUCCAGAUGGUGGACAGCAGGAUCAGCUGUAAGGAGGAACUUCUCUUGGGCAGAACAAGCCCUUCCAAAAACUACAAUAUGAUGACUGUAUCGGGUUAGGAUAUAGUCUCUGGAUGGAUCCUCUUAUAAUGGAUGGAUAAAUUUGAUUUUUGCUUUGGGUGGGCUCCUCUGGGGGAUGGAUUAUGGAAUUUAAACCAUUUCACAGCUGUGAAGAUCUGGCACAAGAUAGAGUGGUAAAAAAUUUUUCUCUUAAGUGACAGUGCCAUAGUUUGGACAGUACCUUUUGAUGAUUUAAUAGCCUGUGAGUCAAAGGAUAUGAUCUCUAUUUGCUAGGGAGUGAAGUCCUAGGGUGGUUUCAGUUUCUCCCACACAUCUAAAUUUUUACAUCAGUCCCUCUAAUGAAAAUACAUAUUUCAGAACACUUCUCUGCGGUCUUAUCUUGUGGAGGGAUUUGCACUAUUACACUUGAAAAUUGUUACCAAUAACCUUUUUUGGCAGCUCAAUAGGAAAGUUCGUUUUAAACAUGGUAGUACUGGAAAUUUACAACAAGACUUUUACCUAGCACUUAAAUAUGUAUAAAUGUACAUAAAGACAAACUAGUAAGCAUGACCUGGGGAAAUGGUCAGACCUUGUAUUGUGUUUUUGGCUUUGAAAGUAGCAAGUGACCAGAAUCUGCCAUGGCAACAGGCUUUAAAAGACCCCUCCGAAGACACUGUCUCAACUGUGGUGUUAGCACCAGCCAGCUCUGUACAUUUGCUAGCUUGUAGUUUUUCUAAGACUGAGUAAACUUCCUAUUUUUAGAAAGUGGAGGUCUGGUUUGUAACUUUCCUUGUACUUAAUUGGGUAAAAGUCUUUUCCACAAACCACCAUCUAUUUUGUGAACUUUGUUAGUCAUCUUUUAUUUGGUAAAUUAUGAACUGGUGUAAAUUUGUACAGUUCAUGUAUAUUGAUUGUGGCAAAGUUGUACAGAUUUCUAUAUUUUGGAUGAGAAAUUUUUCUUCUCUCUAUAAUAAAUUGUUUCUUAUCUUGGCAUUUUAA